GAACUGACGUGCUCUCAGCGCGGACUGCACGAUAUCGAGAACGAAAUGGUGUUUCCAAGCAACUCGGGCUUUGUUUUUUAUGAUUCACGCGGGUUUGAGUCAGGUGGUGAAUUGGAAUUCAUCAAGGUGAAGAAAUUUAUCACCAACCGUUCCAAGGAAACCAAAAUAACAAAUUGA